AUGAGGGCGUCGCAAGGAGGAGUCGCAUGUGUUUUGCGUGAGAGAGAAAGUCUGCAGCAAACAACGCAUAGGAACAGCAUGAAGGGUCAUUUAACUGGUCACCCUCAAAUGCAUGCAGGGCAUACCAAGCUGUGGGGGUGCCAGGGCUUCCUCGAUCAUCCGGAAUGCAACGUCGAUCGCAUCGCGAGGAGCUGCCGCUGUGGAGCUGCUGGAGCUACAUCAACGCAGCUCCAGCCGCAUCCUUCAGAUGCCGCAGCAAUAAUAACAGCAGCAACAGGGGGUAAUUGUGCUCGUCGGUACUUUGUAGGCCGCAGAACUGACGCGUCCUGUGCUCUCGCGACUUUGAUUAUAGCGCUUUGCUUUCUUUUUGUGGGCCCUCUGGAAGUGCUGGGCGUAGACGGCGGAACGAAGCGGCUAACAGGGGAUUACCAGUCGGGGCCUUGGUUUGACUUUGCGGACGACUUUUUCUCCCAAGUUCCAGUGGAGUCUCUGCCUCAAGAACUCCCCACGAACAACGAAGUGGGGAAGCCUGUGCCUGUUAUGACUGCUCCGCACGAGCUGAGUGCAACCCUGGCAAUAUUAUAUGCUUCUUACUGCCGACGACUGAAGACAGAUCAGGUGUGGCGCCGUCAGUUUCUGAUUUUGCUUCUGACUGCGUUAUAUUGGCCCAUGUACACCCGAAGCAAACAUUGGGAUCCGCCCUUGACCUCGAAUUUCUUCAAAGUCGUCCUUGCGAAGUCCGUCGCGCUUAGCGAACUCGACGACACGAACCAGAAGAUUGCGAGGUUUGUCAGGAGGGCAAAGGAGUGCGGCUUCCAGGGAAUCAUUGAAGAGGAUCUGCCUAGGCUGGUCGAGGUGACGGACUACGAAUCUUUCAACGCAUUUGUAAAGAAAGAGAAAAAGGCGGACCCGCAUUUGGCUGAAAUGCUCAAGUUUAUUCCCGACCUUAAGUGGAGUUUGGAUGAGAGCAUGACCACAAUUGGUUACGUCUACCAUCAGGUCUCGGAGCUGCAUGUCCUUUACUCCUAUUCGAGCGUUCUGUCGAUACCCAACUGGAUGAGUAUAUGGCGGAGGAGUUUCCGGCAAGAACAGAGAUCAGCGACAACUUCGGUGAUGCUUCUUGCAUUGACAAACACGCAAGUAACUGAUCGGCCAAUGGGGGGCAUACUGAUAUUGAAGUUGAGUCGCUUGGUGGUGGAGGAUCUGCUCGUGCAGCUGCGUGACAAGAGCGAAGAUGACCCUUCCCUACAAGAACAGCUCGACAAGUUCGAGCUGGCGCUGAAGAAGUCUAUCCUUGAAAGCGUGCGGCAAGUUCUCAUUCGCAUGGCGCUUCUAGUUGAAUCAAAUUGGCUUUGUUCCGAAGAACUCCUUCAAGCGCAGUUUCCAGAUGUGCUCGUGACGGCGUACCGCGCGAGAGGCAGCGGAGGCCCCACGGCGGUGGUGGAGAGGGGGGAAUUCGGGAGCGAAAUUUCUGAAGGAGUGGUCACAGUCCUCAAUCAAAACCUGAGCGCAAAUGAGAUGUACGUGCAGCUUAGUGUCGCCGAUCCAAUCACGGCGCAAAAGUCUGACACAGCUUUCAUCUCCGCGUUGAAAGCGGCCAGCAUGUUCAAACAGAGACUUGAGGAUGACCCUUCUUUGCCAGGCGUGGGUUUGGCAGAAGUUGUAUACUCGACCUUUAAUGACCUUCAGUAUGCAGAGAUCGCAGUUGGGGGUAACUCAAGGUACGACCCAGACCUGCAUUUGCUUAUUCAAGUGCCGUCAGAGCACUUCAAAGAUGCCUCUUCGUUUCACGACAUGUUUAUGGGAGCCAUUCUUGUCCAGCCGCUUACAUAUUCCACACCCCGUCACGUUCGCUUGGAUAGGGUUCGAGUCAUGGGCUACGCAAUGAAGGUUGGCUCAGCAAAACCAAUUCGCAUGGGCAAGUUCGGUAGUGGUUUGUCAUACAACGAACAAGCCCUGAUUGAUCACCUGAUUCAACGGUACGUAUUGAUUGUCCACGUUCUUGUUCUUGGCCUGCGUAACGACAUCGGGAGAAGAGAAUCUGAGGCUACAGCAGAGGAAAUAUAUAAACGGUUCAAGAGUCGAACUCGAGGCACAAUGAACGUCGUCUUCUUGGAGCCUGUAAAACCGCAAGAAGUUUCCGUAGCAGGAGAGUAUGUCCAGCGAGAGGAGGGGUAUCCCGGUUGGGUGAUCGGCGUUGCCGUUGGCUCGGUAACGCUGUUCUUUUUAGGUUUGUUGGGAUGUCUAGUUCUGCGUAAGCACGUGAGCAUGCCUUGGUGGAUAGACUGCUUCUGCAGUCCGUCCCCCCCUACAUUCCAGUCGAAGCAAGAGAUGGCGAGUGGUCCUCCUGGAGAUUUCAGCAGGUCCUCAUCAUUCCGGCCAUCGGUUGAGACAGGCGACAGCCCAUAUUUCGAAUCAGAUGAGGUAAAGCCGACCAAACGCAUGGGGGCCCCCGUGCGGGGUGCCCCAACGGAUGUGAACAUCGGAUGGGACUCUGGGAAUCUUUCAACGCUGGAAUUGGCGCGUUCAAAACGCUUGGAGUCGAAGCGGCAAGGGAAGGCGCAAGCAACUCAUCUUAACUCUAUCCCGGAGUUCAUCGCUGAAGCCAAAAUGCCCAAUGGAUGGGUUGCUUAG